AUGAAGUUCAAGGAACGAGAAGAUUUUCGGACCUCCUGGCACCCUCUGAAUAAUUACCACUACACAGGGUCAGACCACUGGACAGUGCAAGAGAUUAAAGUGUUCAAGAAAGCUCUGGUUGACCACGACAAGGACUUUCAACAGAUUCAUAAUGUGUUGCAGACAAAAUCAAUAGCCCAGUGUGUGGAGUAUUACUAUAACAUGAAGAAGCUGAAAAAGUUCAAGCAAUGUGUCCGAGCCACAAAUAAAAAGGAUGAAGGUGGAGGGAACUCUGCAUUCAGAUGCUCACAAGAGCACCAGCCUGAGCAGAUAAACGGGAACACAGGACAGAAGACAACAGCUGCUCAGAGUGAGGUGUGUGCCAGAGAUGUGAAGAGCCACAGUUCGCCCUCAGUCAGGAUAGAAACUAUCUCCAGAUGGCAGUGGACAAGCAAGGACACAGGUCAAAGCAGAAGGCUAAAGUGAACUGAAUUCCAAUCAGUAUUUCAUAAAAGAUCCUUUGUAAGAGCUCAAGUGUGUUUUAGACUACAGUAAAUAUUCAACUCAUUGUCCAGCGAUUAAUAUGGACCGUGAAAUUAGCCGUAAUUGUAAUCCAAAAUAAAGUUCUCAUCAAAAGAAUAGCCAACUUUGUGGAU